CUGAAUGAAAACCAUAUACCAACAAUAGAAGAGUACAUGCGCAUAUCAAAAAAAUCAGGUGCUUACCCUUUGCUGAUAUUAACGUCUUACAUUGGUAUGGGUGACAUAACCACAAAGGAGAUCUUCAGUUGGGUAUCAAAUGAGCCAAGAAUUGUUAACGCCGCUGCAACUCUUUGCAGGCUAAUGGAUGAAAUUGUUUCCAGUGAGUUUGAACAGAAAAGAGGACAUGUUUGCUCAUUGUUAGAUUGUUAUAUGAAGCAAUUUGAUAUGUCUAGAGAAGCUGCUAUUCAAGAAUGCAAAAAUUGUAUGACAAUUGUUUGGAAAGAUAUAAAUGAAGAAUGUCUUAGGCCAACCAAAGUUCCAAUGCCUUUUAUGAUUUGUGUUCUCAAUCUUUCGCGUUUUAUGGAUGUUAUUUACAAAAACAAAGAUAACUACACGGAUUCUAACGGACUAAUGAAGACAUUUAUUAAAGAAGUGUUGGUUGAUCCUGUUCCAAUUUGAGCACCGAGGUUUUAGUGGAUGUUUGGAUUCACAUUAAGUUUGAAAAAUCCAAGUGGCACAUGGAUUUUCUUAAAGUUC